UUUGCCUGGGUUUCCUCUUGUUGCACUUCAGCCUUUUCUCGAUUCUUUGCUGCCUGUUGCAUGUUCAAUUUAUUCACUACGGUGAUUCUGCCUGGAUUGCACACUGACCUUCUUGGAACUGUUUCACCUCCCUGUGGUUGCGUGGAUUAGGAAAACGACAACAUGACUUCAGUGACUGGCACAUUCAGGAUUGUUUCCGAGGAGGAGCAAGCCUUGCGUUCCAAACUUGAGAGGCUGACCACCAAGGACCAUGGCCGUGUCUUUGGGAAGUGUGAGAAAAUCCCUGCCUAUACCUUGCAAAAGGCCAAGGACGAACUGAACGAGACCCUGGAGAAGCGGGAGUUGGCUGUGAAAGAGCUGCGGGAACUGGUGCAGGAGAAAGCCAAAGGAGGAGAGGACAUCUGCAAGGUGGUGGUUGAGAAAGUGAAAGGAAAGGAUGAUGCUUUCUUCCUGCGUUUCAUCCGAGCCCGCAAAUUUGACAUCAGCAGGGCUUACGAUCUGAUUAAAGGUUAUGUCAACUUCCGCCAGCAGUAUCCAGAGCUCUUCGAAAACCUGACUCCUGAGGCUGUGCGCAGCACCAUUGAGGCUGGCUACCCAGGCAUCUUGACCAGCAGGGACAAGUAUGGACGGGUGGUGCUGCUGUUCAAAAUCGAGAACUGGGAUUACGAGGAGAUCACCUUUGAUGAGAUUCUUCGCGCCUAUUGUGUGAUCCUAGAGAAGCUGCUAGAGAACGAGGAGACGCAAAUCAAUGGCUUCUGCAUCAUUGAGAACUUUAACGGGUUCACCAUGCAGCAGGCCUCUGGUAUUAAACCAUCCGAACUGAAGAAAAUGGUGGACAUGCUGCAGGAUUCUUUCCCAGCUCGGUUCAAGGCCGUCCACUUCAUCCACCAGCCGUGGUACUUCACCACAACCUACAACGUGGUGAAACCGUUCCUGAAAAACAAACUGCUGGAAAGGGUGUUUGUGCAUGGCGACGAACUCGACACUUUCUACCGAGAGAUCGAUGCCGAUAUCCUGCCAGCAGAUUUUGGGGGCAAUCUGCCCAAAUACGACGGCAAAGUCAUCGCGGAGCUGCUUUUUGGGACCCGACCUGAUGCUGAAGACACAGCUCUUUAAAUAGCAGCAUCUUGGCAUAGAAGAUAGGGCGCAGAGGUGUCCCCCAGCCAUCCUGUUAAACGUAGCAUUGGUUGAAAGAUCUGUUGUGGCCAUAAAAUCUGGGUGUACAUUGCUUUGCCACUCUCUCUCAUUCUUUGUCACCAGAUGGCAGUAGAGCAAUGAAAAGUCCCCUGCCAUUUCUCUCAAGAAUAAUCCUUUUUCCUUUUAUUACCUCCACCCACCCAGAAAAACAAGCAAGCAGAAUGAAAGAGAGGGGGAAGGAAGGAGAAAGAGAUGGUCUGUGGUGGGGACAUUCUAGAUGAGUCAGUAAGAGCUUUGUUGACCAAGCACCCAGGUAGUCAAGUAGUAGAGAUGUGCCUUCAUAGAUUUACUGGCUUGCCCUAUAAUGGUGGGGAGGAAGUGUGCACCCACACAUAGCUAUGUAUUUUAGAGCCCAGGUGUUGCUGGAUUUGGGGGCAAGUGGCUAAGGAAAGAGGAAACAGACAAAGCUGUUACACAGGCAGUGCAAAUGGCACAGCCACAGUCCAUUACUGCAGCAGCACACAAGCCAAGGACUGUUUUCAAUACAGAAUUAAAAAAAAACAACAGCAGCAAGGGUAUUUUUCUUCAUUUGUGAGUCACAAAAAGCAACAUUCACCGAGAAGCCCGGUUGUGCAGCCUGCGAUAAUUACGGUUGAAUUUUUUGCAGU